CACCUUAUAGACUAACAGAUGUUUUGGAGCAUGAGCUUUCGUGGGUGAAUACCCACUUCGUCAGAUGCAUGUCAGGAGUGUCUUUGAAAUGGAGUCAGGUAACUUCGGAAGCCUGCAUAUUUGAGUCUGCAGGCAAUUCCAGCUCAGCAGGACUGUAGCAGUUUCCUGUUUCUUUAAGAGAAGACUCUAAUUGCCCCACAUGACAGGGUUUGAAACGAUGCCACCUUCAAGUCACAGUGUUACUUUCACUUUCCAACUCGGCAAAUGCGGCAAGUCUGGAACAAAACCCAAUUUCUUAAACAAAACAAAAAAAAGUAUGGAAAAGCAGUGAGAAAAUGCUCCGGCUAUUUUAUAGCCAGAAUUAGCUGAGCAUCUUGAUAAACUGGAAUAAUCAAUUAACAUGUAACUAGCUCAACAAAAGGAAUAAGGUCUGACCACACUCUGAAGAUUUAAAAUUUCUUGGAAGAACCAACCAGAUCAAGUUACAGUGAGGAUGAAGGUUCUCUCAUCCUGUCCUACCGUAGGCAGCUCUUCUCUGCCCGGUUUGAUCAUUUUCUUCAUUACUUUUCACAUUCACAAGCUGGAAUCAGCCCAGUUCAAAGUGAACGGUCCUGGUCACCCUGUAACUGCCAUUGUGAGUAAGGCUGUUGUGUUACCCUGUUACCUGUCCCCCAGGAUGAGCGCUGAGAACAUGGAGGUGAGAUGCUUCCGAUCUGAGUUCUCUUCAGUUGUUCACCACUAUCAUGAGUUCAGGGAUCAGUAUGGGCAGCAGAUGGCAGAAUACCAUGGAAGGACAGAGUUAUUGAAAGAUGGCAUCCUGGAUGGGAAUGUUUCCUUGCAAAUUCUUAAUAUCAGAAGCUCUGAUGAAGGACAAUACAACUGCUUUGUUCAAGAUGGUCUUUUUUAUGAAGAAGCUUUGUUGGAACUGAAGGUAGCAGGUUUGGGCUCCAAUCCUCUUAUCUCUGUGGAUAGUUAUCAGGAUGGAGGGAUCCGGGUGCUUUGUCAAUCAACUGGGUGGUAUCCAGAGCCAGAGGUACUGUGGAGAGAUCUCAAUGGGCAAGAAUUAUCAUCGCUCUCUGAAGCAAAAUCCCUGGGGGAUAAUGGCCUGUUUGAAACAGCAAAUGCCAUUGUUAUAAAAGAACAUUUGAACCAAAACUUGUCCUGUUGGAUCAGAAACACCUUUCUCAAUCAAGAAAAGGAAUCAACAAUUUAUAUAGCAGAUCACUUUUUCCCAAGACUGAAUCCCUGGAUGGUGGCUCUGUGUGUGAUCCUGGUGGGUUUGUUUGGUGUCAGUGGCCUCACUGUUUAUUUAUUGAAAAUUUUUUUAGGGGAACACGAUAAAGCAAUUGGGAAUCAUCUUCAUGCCAUGAGUGAAUGUGAUAGAGAAAUUAGGAAACGGGACACUGAAAUCGGGGAACACGAUAAAGCAAUUGAGAAACAUCUUAGAAAAAUCCGGAAACUUGAUAUAGAAAUCGAGAAACAUCUUAGUAAAAUCGAGAAACAAGAUGCAGUAAUUAGUGACCUUCAAAGAGAACUUGACUGGAGAAGGAUCAUAGUCUGUCCAGGUCUGGGAAGAACCACGCCACCCGUAGAAGAAGCCAAUGUGAGUCUGGACCCAGACACGGCUCAUCCUCGGCUCGUCCUGUCGGAGGAUCGGAAACACGUGAAAUGGGAAGACGCACGGCAGGAACCGCCUGACAGUCUUGAGGAAUUUGACCCUGAUCCCUCGGUGCUGGGCUGUGAAGGAUUCACCUCAGGGAGACAUUGCUGGGAGGUGGAGGUGGAGGAAGGAGGAUCCUGGGCUGUGGGGGUGGCCAGGGAGUCUGUGAGCAGAAAGGAAGGGAGCAGCCUUAACCCUGAGGGUGGCAUCUGGGCUGUGCAGCGGUGCUGGUGGGGUCAGUUCCAGGCUCUCACCUCCCCUGCUGUGACCCCUCUGCCCCUGACCUGGGUCCCCAGCAGGAUCCGGGUUUGUCUGGACUGUGAACGGGGGCAGGUGACAUUUUUCGAUGCUGGGAAUGAGGCCCCGAUCUUCACUUUCCCGCCGGCCUCUGUCACUGGGGAGAGAUUUCAACCCUGGCUUUGUGUGGGGGACUCAGAAACCCAGCUCAGAUUGUAUCCCUGAGACAUGGUGAGGGCCGGGAGGGGACAUACCCAGUGGUGAGCUGGAGCCGGUUCCCACAGCUCCAAGAACCGGUUGCUAAAAUUAGACCUCCGUGGAGAACCGGUGGUUAAAGGGCCAGGGGGUGGGCGAAGAACUCCGGUCCGCGGGCCGGAUCAUCCCAUUGUUCUCGGGAUUCCCAGCUGGGGAGGCUGAGGCUCCCCUGGCCCUUCGCCCACUUCCCCCCAGCUGCAGCGUGGCCAGCCGCCCGCACCAGCUGGGCAGCUCAGCUGAGCUUGGAAGUCGUCCUGCUGCUGCUUUUUGAGCAGCUCUGCAAGGUGUGUCUGUGGGGGGUCCUGCUGCAAGCUCCAGGGCUGGCCAAGGGGAGGGGGCAAGUGGGGCAAUUGGCCCGGGCCCUGCAAGGGCCCCUGGCCCCAUGAGGAUGUCUCUCCCAGGCUCUCCCUUGCUACCCACACCUCAAAGAGCUGCAGAAUGGCCAGCAGCUGGGCAGCUCAGCUGAGCUCUGGGCUGCCGGCAAGGUAAGGGGGCUGCAAGCUCCAGGGCCGUGGGGGGAGGGGGGAAGUGGGGCAAUUUGCCCCAGGCCUCUGGCCCCAUGAGGAUGUCUCCCCCCAACCAUCCUGCAGAGCUGCAGCAUGGCCAGCAGCUAGGCAGCUCAGCUGAGCUCCUGAGUUGUCCUGCUGCUUUGAGCU